GGAUGUAACGAUAUCCACCGCUUACCUAUGUCACGAAGAAAAUACAUACGAACAGCGCUGUCACGAAGUGGGUUGUGGUAUUUCCUUGCAAAAGUCACCGAGCUUCUAGAUACGGUAUUUAUGGUGUUGAGAAAGAAACAGAAUCAAUUGACUUUCCUUCACGUUUAUCACCAUACAGUAACGGUCCUUGUUUCGUGGUGCUACUUGAAAUUGCUGCCUGGUGAACAAGGUGUCGUAGUAGCUUUUUUGAAUUCCGUCGUUCACAUUAUUAUGUACAGUUAUUAUUUCAUCGCCGCGCUUGGCUCAAAAUACAAAAAGUACAUUUGGUGGAAGAAAUAUAUGACCUGUAUUCAGCUGUAUUUUAUAUUAUUUUAUAAUAUUUUAAGUCACAACUUUACUUACUGUUCUGUUUUACAAGAAAUUUCUUGUUCGAUUUCUCUUAACACUAUAUUAACAGAUUCUUUACUUAAUCGAAAUCGAGCAUGA